CCAUCAUGUUCUUCGCACUACUACCGGUAGUACGUACCGGUAUGCUUGUUAACAAACAAACUUCUCAGAAAAAUGGAAAAAUCGUUCUUCGAUUUGUUGGAAAAUCUAUUCCGAGGAGGUACGGUACGUACUGUUCCGUUACAAGACGGCUAACUCACUUUUCAGUGCCGUGGCAGCAAGGUAGAUCCAGACCCGAGGUCAGGGUCUAUAUUUCCUAAAAGAUGACCGGACAAUUGAAGGUGCAAUCCAUUCUGACGCUAUUUUGGCUAAUGGGCUACCUUUCCUUCACCCGUAGUUUCUGUAUGGGCAAGAAUUUGUUUCCGUCGAGGGCAUCAACAAUUGCGUUUUCAAAAACAACGAGUCAAUCGCAAACCACUGGAGUCAAUUCUCGAGUCAAUCAUUCGGUUUCAUUCUCCAGCAAGGUCUCUAUUUCAGAUGCUUACGAUGGCGGGAAUAUCGAGCUAGCCAACAUCGAAGAUGGCCCAACAAAAGUAGUCUCGUUACGGAUCAAACCUGAUCCGUACACAGAACUCGAGAAGAAGUCGCACAUGCAAUACUUUUCCUUUCGGUCCUCUAUUCACACCAACAAUGCGGAAGAUGACAAGAGAGACGUCCCCGUCACAUACGAACUACUAAACGCUGGAGAGGCGUCGUAUGCCAAUGCCUGGAAUGGUUCCACUGUUUUUUACUCAAAGUCACUCAGUGAUCCCGACUCUUGGAAGCGUGCACAAAGCACUCGUUUUGUAGAAGGAAAACUCGUUUGGGACCACAUACAUAGCGAGGAAUCAGAGAGUGUUUAUUUUGGCUAUUUCCCACCAUUUUCCUACGACCGACACUUGGAGCUUGUCGAAAAAUGCAGCGAGUUAGCUACUGUGUUUUCACUGGGGCAGACCUUAGAAGGUAGGGAAAUUGAGUGCAUCCAGGUCGGUACCGGAAAAAGCAUCGGGUGGAUCAUCCAUCGACAGCAUCCCGGAGAACAUAUGGCUGAGUUCUUUGCAGAGGGCUUUUUGAAGCGCCUCCUCGGGCUCGACUCAAGCGGCGAUACCGAUGGUUUGGUCCGGCAGCUGCUCUCAAAAUACACAUUCUACAUUAUUCCCUCUAUGAAUCCCGACGGUGCCGUUGCCGGAAAUCUGCGGGUGAAUGCGGCAGGUGCGAACCUCAACCGCGAAUGGUGCAGCAGCGGAGACGACUAUGAAGCUCCCACUCUAGAGCGAUCGCCAGAAGUCUACCACGUCUUGGAAAAAAUGAAGGAAACUGGAUGCGACGUCUUUUGUGACAUUCACGGCGACGAAGAAAUCCCCUACAACUUUUUGGCACAGCCGGUGGUUCCAAACUGGGGUCCACGUCUAGAAGCUCUGCACGGUGCCUUCAAUGCGGCCUACCGUCGAGCCAAUCCAGACAUGCAACAAGAAUUUGCCUACGAACCCACAGAAUACGCAGAGGGAGAUAUACUCAACAUUGCCAACGACCAAAUCGCCCAUCGUUUUGAUUGUCUAUCUGUUACACUGGAAAUGCCAUUUAAAGAUUGCAGGUCCAAUUCCGAUCCGGAACGGGGCUGGAGUCCAGCUCGCUCCCGGGCACUUGGAGCCUCUUUGUGCGAGCCACUCUUGUAUAUUCAGCCCUAUUUGCGCGCCGAGGCUCUAGACGAGAAAUCCUUCGCCGACAGUUUUCCAGAAAUCGAUCGGUACGUACUCCCCACAAGCGAAUACAACAAAUAAACGGACGACGGAGUUCGAAACCGCUAAUAUGCUAUAAUACCGAAGCCAACAAGUGCUUGGCGUAGAAUACGGAAUGCAUCUAAUUAGUUUAGUGCAUCAGCUCCUACUCUAGUAUGGUUGGUAUACUAAUCAGAUAUGUGCAACUUUUAUCAUAUCCCACAAUUCGUAUCUGUUUCUUCAACAAAAAUGAAUGUCGACAAGUGCA